AUGCUUAGUUUACACGUGACUACCACUGCCAUCGUCACCACCUCAUCUAUUUUGUUCUCUCUAGCCCGGAGGCCCAGUUCGGAUGCGACGCAGGCACGGGGUCCUCACAGCACCGAGGAUGGCUGGGUCAUGGACGCCGCGUCAAGCUCGUCGGACAGCCGGGAACGACAAAUGUCGCGAGUUCAUGUGUCGCAGAGCUCGACAAAAACCACUUCGGCCCGAGGCGCCGAGCAGAAUGACCUCCUGAAGAGCAGAGCGUUCGCGGAAGCCGAGGAGUUUCAAAGCCAGAGUGCCACCAAUUCGGCCGACAUGAAUAAGCCCACUCUCAGCCCGAUAGAGCAG